CCUACGUAGGUGCCUCUUGCUUGCACUCGCGGGCUCAAUGUCUCUUCAGGGCUAUCCUAGGCUUUGCAGUGCUACAUCCCAUAGAAAUCACUGCUACAUCCCCGUGACGCCUUCCAUUGCUGUCUGCUCAGAUGAUGUAAACCCUACCUUUGGACAUUACUUACCCAGCAGCUAUCAAGGCAAUCUCUGGCUUCUGGACCAUUGCCAAGACUCCUAUUGUGAAGCACCUUGCUGCGACUCUCCCAGCUGUGUGCUCAAGACUUGCACUCCAAGUUGUGACCCCACGGACUCCUGUGUGCCUUGCAGCUCCCCAUCGGCAAAUCAAGUUGUUAGUGACUGCGAAACUACCAACAUCAGAUCCAGACCCAGCUGCAGUCCCUGUACUGCGACCAAACGGUAUGUAUCCAACUGUACCACGGCUACUCGAUUUGCAUCUAAGGCCUGUCAGACUCUUCAAAAUGGCUCCCGCUGCAUAGGACAAUUUAAUUCCUUCCCCAAGAAUCUUCAGGCCCCAAACCACUAUGUUCUGGGCAACAAUGACUAUAGAAACUAUAGAAAUUUUGGAUUCAUCACCAAUGGCUUCUCUCCAUCCUGCUACACUAUCAGCAGCUACCAUCCCCGCAGUUACCUAAUGAGAUAUUUUCAAUACCCAAAUUAUGUGCCUUCAAGCUUCCCAUCACGGAGCUACUUAUGUAAAAAUUUUCAGUCUCUGAGCUGUAUACCUAGUACAUUCCCACCUCUGAGAUACUUAUGCAGCAGUAAUAGACCUCUGCAUUGCUACUGAUUAAUUUAUAGCUCCUAAAAGAGCUCCAAAGAGUCUGAUGGAGGACAGCAUCUCUUACUCAGUUCUGGGGUCUCUAUUAUUCUGCCAAAUCGGUCUAUUCAUCUCAGAAGAUUGUCAUACUAGCCUCAAGUGUAACUGUAGAGCCAAUUAACCACUUAGUAGUUUAUUCUUCUGUUAGUCUGAUUAGGGUAGUGUUAGAUCUAGAACGGAUUAGAAUGGACUCAUAUGAAGAGAUUCCACGUGAAGGAAAAUCAUCAUCUUCCUAACUCUGGUGUUACUUGCCUUGUGAUCCUCUGCCUGGGUGGAUGCGUGAUUUCAGCAUAGGUUUUUCAGAUUGUUCUGCUUUUCAUCGAUAGUUUUGUUAACUGCCUAAUGAGCAUCUUGCCUUCAAUGGGAAAAAUAAAAUUACCUUAAACAUACUAAAUGAAGCUAUUUCUUCCUUUCCCUUCUGACUGAUUAUAAGAAGGAGUGCACAUCAACAUCAACCAGAGGUACUAAACAGAAGAAAACCUCAGCAAUUGUCUCUUUCAAAGAAGACAGAAAGCACAGGGGUGAAUGUCAGUUGACUCUUAGCCUUAACCCUUGGGAGAAAUCCUCAGGACUGAGUGAAGCACAGAAAGUAAUUUAGAAAAGAAAGACAAAUGCUGUUGUAGAUUCUCCGUGACUCCUAGAAUUCAUCUAGAUUCCUCUGUCAUUCUGCUCUGUUGAAUUGUGUCAUUCUUAUUCCAGAAAAUAUCUCAAUUCUUGACUAAUAAACAACAUUC